AUUAUUACUUAACAUUGACUAUACUCUUUUCAAAUUUUAUUUCUGAAAAUUUCUUACAAUUUUUAUCAAAUUAUGGAAACUCCGAUAGUUAAUUUAUCAGCUGAAGAACUCAAGACAGUUUACGAUCCCUCUGAGGAUUCGUAUCUUUUAAUAGAUGCUUUGGAAGCAGAUUUAGAGGUUCUGCAUGCGAUGAAACCUGUGAUUUGUUUAGAAAUAGGUAGUGGUUCUGGUGUAGUUAUAACAGCUCUAGCAAUGGCAUUGAAAAAAUAUCAAAAUGCUCAUUUUAUUGCAAUUGAUAUAAAUCCUGAUGCAUGCAGAGCCACGAAAAGAACUAGUCUGGUUAAUUCUGUUGAUAUAGAUGUUCUUCACAUGAAUUUGUUAGAUUGUAUACAUGUUAGAUAUACGUAUGAUGUUAUUUUAUUUAAUCCACCAUAUGUAGUUACAGAAUAUAAAGAAGUGUUAGACAAUAGAUGUGUAUUUAAGACUUGGGCAGGUGGUAAAAAUGGUAGGCAAGUUAUGGAACAGAUAUUUACUAUGAUUCCCAAAAUCUUAUCAGAUGUAGGCUUAUUUUAUUUAGUCGUUAUUAAAGAAAAUGAUCCUGAAUACAUCCUAAGUGUUUUUAACAAAUUAGGUAUGUCUGGUAAAAUUAUUCGCGAAAGAAAAAUAAGAGGAGAGUACUUAUAUAUUUUACGUUUUUGUAAAGUUAGGUAAAAAAUAAGUUAACAUUAUGUUAGAGAUAUAACAGAUAUUAGGACAGUGUCUUUUAUACUUUUAAUAUUGUACAGGGAAUAGAUUAUAAUCCAUCGAUGAAAUACAUUUCAUCGGUGAUAUGCGUUUAUACACCCAAUUAAUUUCUGUGGCGAUAAAUUAAGUACGCUGAAAAUGCGACGCAUUGCAUUUACUUGAAUCAUGUUUAUAUGUUUGUUAUAGGUAUCAUAUAAAAUAUAGGCAUACCAUAUAAUAUUA